AUGCCUUUAAGGGAAAGCAGCAAGAAUGCUGGCAAUUUUAGUGACCUUUUAAAAUUCAGGAUAGACGCUGGUGACCAAACUUUGGGCAACCACCUGUUUACCGCUGCUGGUAAUUCUAAAUAUACACCACACAGAAUUCAAAAUGAAAUAAUUUCAUUAGCCGGAGAAGUACUGUUAAGAAGCGUAGUAGAAGAAGCAAAUUCUUCUAAAUAUUUUAGUGUCUUGGCUGAUGAGACUGCCGACAUUGCCGGACACGAGCAGCUAUCUAUUGGCAUACGAUAUGUAUUUGAACAAAAUGAUAAGUUUACCCUGAAAGAAGAGUUUCUUGGAUUUGUCAAGUUGGACCGACUAAACGCUGAUAGCAUCGCAUCUUCAAUUUUGCAGUUUUUAGAAAAAUCGGGCUUAAAUCUUGACAAACUUGUAGGACAGGGUUACGAUGGAUGCUCAACAAUGUCUGGUGAAAUUCAUGGAGUUCAAAAAAUUAUACAAGAAAAGUAUAAAAGGGCAUUUUAUUUUCAUUGUGCAUCACACAAAUUAAAUUUAGUUAUUAAUGAUGUAAAAGCUCCAACACUUAACUUGGAGAUCAAAGCUACAAUAUCCAGCUCUGUGCAGAAGAGAGACGAGAGACUAUCUGCUUUACAGCGCCAAAUAGGCGCUAGCCUGUCCUGUAUAGGCAGCGCUCUGACCCUCAUCCUCAAAGAAGAGGGAGGGGGCAACAGAACGUACAUCCAAUUGCUGAAUGAUGCCAGCAAACUAUUGACAGACCUGCAUCGGACAGAAACCAUCGCUCGUCGCGAACUAGUAGCCCUUAACCUGAACUCUGAUGUAAAACAGAUCCUAUCGGAAGCCACAGUUGAUGGGCUGCUCUUUGGGACAGACUUAGAAGCCAGACUAAAAUCUUCCAAAGAUUUGGAUAAAUCGGGCAGGGAGCUAAAGGCCGUUAAGGCUAAGCCGCUACAGAAUGCCGCCAAACCGUUAAACUACCAGAGUCUGCCUCGGUAUCAGCAGGGGGCACGUCGAGGCGGACACCAACACCAGAGCCCCAGUUACUCCACGAACCGCAACAAACCACGUCGAGAGCCACCACGUCGACUGAACCAGAGGAGUCAGAACAGCUGCAAACUCAAAACCAGGAACCCAAGACAGUAG